AUGGAUCAGGAGGAACAUAAAGAAAAGAAGAGUGCUAUACAAAAGCCGGCUAGACCUAUAGAAGAGAUGGAGGCAGAAGUAAAGAAUCCAAGAUAUACUAUGCGUCAUAAAGGCAGGGAUGUUGAAGUAGACAUGGAUAAAAUUUCAAAGCCACAUGCGGUUUCUGCAUGCAAGGGAUUUCCUGACAUAAAUAUAGGGCACAUGGCAGAACGCAGCAAUGCUGGUGGUCUCUUGAGAAACGAUGGCCAUCGCCCCUCCUCGGAGAAGAAGUAG